AUGGGCGACGCUAGAAUGAGCGACCCUAAAGUGAGUGCGAUUGAAGCGCAAGCGGAGCGGAGUGAAGCGACGGAGCCGCUCGGCGCGCAGCAGGCGGUGAUGAUAUUCGUGAAGCGGCCGGCGCCGGGGCGCGUGAAGACGCGCCUGGCGGCCGGCGUGGGGGCGGACGCGGUGUGCGACUUCUACUGCGCGUGCUGCGAGCACGUCGUCACCAAUAUCGCGCGCUGCCCCGACCUCUCUGCAGUCUCAUCCCAUUCUCAAACCCCAUUCUCACACCCCAUUCUCACACCCCAUUCUCACACCCCAUGCUCACACCCCAUGCUCACACCCCAUGCUCACACCCCGUGCUCACACCCCAUGCUCACACCUUUUGCAACCAUCAUUCUCACAUGCAACGCACGCCUGCCGCCCAUAUGCCAUAGUCCAUUCCAUGCGUGCAUCAAUCGCUCCCCUGCCACCAUCCAUGCAGGUGGUGGUGAUUGGAUCAAAUCGCACAUCCCUGAUGUCGAUGGCGCUAUUGUUGCUGCUGCUUUCCCUGCUCCCCGUUGCAUGUCGCUUGUCUCCCUGCCUGCCUUCCACGCUCCAUCCAUGACAGGUGGUGGUGAUUGGAACAGACAUCCCUGA